UUAGAUUUUGCAUACUUUUUUAGGAGUAAAGAAAGACCAACUGACUCAACUGAAUAGGCUACCCAACUCUCAUUCGACUGAAAAUGUCUAAACUAGAUUUGUUGCGUGUAUUUUUAAAUGAGCGAUUAGCUGCGGCUGCUGCGGAGAUUUUCGGGGCCGUUGAGAAAACGGUAGUGGAGUAUCAGGAGGAGAAUCAUCGGCUACAUAGACUUCUGCGGAUUACACCGGAGAUAAAACAAUGCAAAACAGACUCUCUGCAGCUCUCUCUUGCUGUCUCUGAAGAGGAGGUUCCCUCUGAGCAGCAGUACUGUGAGAGGGAGUGGAGGCCCAGUCUGGGGCAGGAGGACCCCGAGCCCACACAGAUGAAAGAGGAACAGGAGGAAGUCAGGACCAGUCAGAAGGAAGAGCAGCUGGAGGCUGAUAUCAUAGAGUUCAUAUUCACUCCUCCUUGUGUGAAAAGUGAAUGUGAUCAGGAGGACCCACUUUGGUCCUUAACUCUUCCCCAAACCCAGACUCUGGAGAACAGAGAGAGUGACUCUAAACGAAUGGAUCCUAAAGCUUUUGGCACUGUGACCCACCUAAAGGGUUUUGAAAUUCCCUGUGACCCUCCAGAUAAUCAAAACAAUGCUUCCAGCCACAGCUCAGCCAUAAGCAGCGACCCAGUAGGACUUGACAGCAGUCAACCAUUGGAUCCCAGCCCACCAUUGGAUCCGAACCUACCAAUGGGGGAACACUGUUCCAAACCCAGCACCACAUCGAUAAAAGCUCACCGCUGCCGUGACUGUGGCAAAACGUUUCCUCUGAAAACGGACCUGCAGAGGCAUGUGAAUCUCGACAAGAAGAGACUCAGUGAAUGCCACUUCUGCAAAAAACAGUACAACUCCACUUGUAAACUGAAGGCCCAUGCCAGACUCUGUCACGGUGGGAAACCCAGCACCUGCCCCUUUUGUGGCAAGACCUUCAAACACAAAGGACAUCUGUCUAGGCACAUGAGUAUUCACACAGGAGAGAAACCAUUUAGCUGCGGUGACUGUGGGAAGAGCUUCAAUCAGAAGGGGGGCCUAAGAAGACAUAUACUGACUCACACAGGAGAGAGACCAUUUAGCUGUCAUUUUUGCUGUAAAAGCUUCGGGCAGAGGAGGGAUCUAAGGAGACAUAUACUGACUCACACAGGAGAGAAACCAUUUAGCUGUGAUGACUGCGGUAAAGGCUUCAUUCGCAAGGAGCACCUAACUGCACAUAUGCGGACUCACACACAAGAGUAAUCAUUUAUCUGUGCUGACUGCGGGAAAAGCUUCAAUCAUAAGGAGAAGCUGAGAAUUCAUAUGGACUCACACAGGGUAGAACUCAUAGAUCUGUGAUGACUGCCGGAAAAGUUUAACUCAGAAGACUAAAGGCUCUAUUCAAUCCGUAUCGCGGAUGUUCAGCGUUAGUGUGAUUUUACAUUUAAAGGCAAUGUUGCUGCGUUAGCUGAGACUGCAUUCACAGUAAAUGCUGCAUAUGUUGGCUCAGUCAGAAAUGACCUUAACAUUUAUAUCGCGCAAUUUGUAAUGCUUCAGCGAUAUAGAUUGAAAAGAGCCCUAACCUAACCAAACAUUUACGGACUCACACAGGAGAGAAACCAUUUAGCUGUUGUGACUGCAGGAAAAGCUUCAAUAAGAAGGGGGACCUAACCAAGCAUAUACUGACUCACACAGGAGAGAAAUCACAUAGCUGUGCAGUCUAUGGUAAAAAAUUAUCUCAGAAGGUAAACCUGCUGAAGUAUGUAAACAAAACAUACACAAAUAAAGAAAACAGGAUGGAAACUGAAAGAAGAUGUUCUGUCAGAAGAUAGGAAUGAAAAGCAAUUGUGAAUAAUUCAUGCUCUGGGUUUUAGAGAAAUAGAUACAGUACAUUAUGGAUUUACUUUUGUAAAAUGUUCUAUGUACAUAAAGUUUGAUUGGAUUGAAAGUAUUAAGAAAUGAACAAACCGUAGUGCGUGUAUUAUGGGAAUCUUACAGAUCGCUGUUCUGUUGAUGUUUUCACGUUAUUAGAAACAGGAAGAUCUGGACAUAAAAAAUCAAAUCAAAUCUCA